UUUUGCCUGGCGCUCUGAGACCCCCGAAAAGCUAGAGACCUCAGAAUUCAAGCCCCCGGGCAAGCCCGGGCUUGUCGCCGGCACCACUUCCUGGUGGGAGGGGCGGGUCUCCCCUCUGUCCCCUCAGACCAGGAUGCUUUAAGUGUUCCUUGAAGUCUCCUUUCCCGGAAGAAUGUAGGAUACAGGCCCAGGUCCCCCGCCUCUUUCUCCAUCAGGGACACAGUUGUCUGGGCCCCCAGUCACUUCAUCUACCAGAGACCCAGGGCCCCCUAGCAUUGGCCUCCAUCAGGAGUCAUGAGCCGCCCCAGUUCCCCUAGGACCCAUGAGUCCAGGCACCUCUUCCCUCCUUUCUCCUCUAGGGCCCACCAACUCUGAGCAGAUCAUGAAGACAGGGGCCCUUUUACUUCAGGGUUUCAUCCAGGAUCAAGCAGCGCGAAUGGGGGGAGAGACAUCCCAGCUGCCCCUGGGGCCCAGGGUGCCCCAGGAUGCAUCCACCAAGAAGCUGAGCGAGUGUCUCAAGCGCAUUGGAGAUGAACUGGACAGUAACAUCGAGCUGCAGAGGAUGAUCGAGGCUGUGGACACAGACUCCCCCCGUGAGGUCUUUUUCCGAGUGGCGUCCGAAAUGUUUUCUGAUGGCAACUUCAACUGGGGCCGGGUUGUCGCCCUCUUCUACUUUGCCAGCAAACUGGUGCUCAAGGCCCUGUGCACUAAAGUGCCUGAGCUCAUCAGGACCAUCAUGGGCUGGACCAUGGACUUCCUUCGAGAGCGGCUGCUGGGCUGGAUCCAAGACCAGGGCGGUUGGGACGGCCUCCUCUCCUACUUUGGGACACCCACGUGGCAGACAGUGACCAUCUUAGUGGCCGGAGUGCUCACUGCCUCACUCACCAUCUGGAAGACGAUGGGCUGAGGCCAUCAGCUGCCUUGGACUGUGUCUUUUCUGCAUAAAUUAUGGCAUUUUUCUGGGAGGGGUGGGGACUAGGGGCCAGGGGCCUUUUUCUUACUUUUGUAAUUAUUGGGGGUGGGAUGGGGAGGAGUGGUUUUGGGGGGCAAUAAACCUCUUUCGAACCACA